AUGCCCGUUGUUGACCCAUCAUCCAACAGGACCGCCGCUGCCGACGAAGAUGGAGCGGAUCACAUCGGCUCUGACACACCACGGUCUGGCGUAGCGACCCCCCAACCCGACCUCCACGACAAACGUCUGCCGGGAAUCAUGAGCUACUUCAGCCAGGUUCGUCAAGAUCCUCCUGCAACCGACACUUCUACUUGUGCUUCCUGCGUUCCUGUUCCUUUGGUGCCUGUCGGCUCCGACGCCGGCUCCACAUCCUCGUCCUUGGAUCACCAGCCAGAUCUGCCAGCCCAGAGGCACUCUCCUACCUCUUCGGAGAAGCAGCAGCCGAGUCUUUGCCAGAAUUCGUUGUGCUGCGCCCGAAGCGUGUCAGAUUGCCAUCUUCCAAUGCCUUUGGAAAAGCUUGGUCUUGCUUCGAGCCACGUCUUACCAUCAAGCAUGGCUUCGCAUCCGUACCCUACUCCUCCUUCCUCACAGCCGUCAUACUCCGAAAGCUCUUCAUGUAAAGGCGCAAACUUCGAAGACGGAGAGGCUGCCAAGACGGCCUCCCAUGGAAGAACGUCAAUACAUGAAAUCCGCCAACGGAUUAGCUCUCCUGCACCUGCAGUCUCAACCCAGCAAGACAGUGUGGGCGCGGGCUCGGAGCUUGUAUCACCCCCUGCCACGUCACAAACACCCCCCUCGUCGUCAUCUUCGUCAUCCUCACCGUCCAAAACCAUCCCCAAACUCCCCCAAACCUCUGCCCCAAGCAAGUGGUUCUCGCUCGAAGGACUCAAAGAGCUAACGCGUGGUGUCAUCUUCAAGAGUGGUCCGCCGACUCCCACAAGAGCCUUAUCUGCUGCCCACUCUUCUCAAUCAGACGGCAGAGACACCCCAAGCCGAACUAGCAAUGAUGGAGCAGAAACGGCCAGCGGAACACAGACCCCACGAACCGCCGGCGUUCAACCUCCCGCUCAAAAAGGCAAGCUGACUAUCAAAAUCGUCGAGGCGCGUGGAUUGCGAAAGUGCCGCGAUCCCUACGUUGUCGCAGUAUUCCAACGAAGUGAACUCAUUUCGGGUGGUCCACGGGCCAUCGAAGAGGAGGAGACUUUAAGUGCUACCCCGUCCGGGCUCGGUGGCAUUCCUAUACAACGCCAGGGCAGCGACUCGGGUCGCCCGCCAAUGGCCAUCCCCAUGAGGAGUCGUCAGAGCAGCAAUACGAGUAUUCACGACUACAACACCUUUCGCAAUCGAACUAUCCGUGCGCCAUCGAGCAAUCCUAAAUGGGACGCCGAAGCAGUCUUCGAUGUUGUGGACACCGACAUGUUGGUCGACAUUUCGGUUUACGAUCACACUGCUACCGGAGAGGAAUUUCUUGGCCAUGUUGAUUUCCAAGCUGGGAAAGACGGCGAGGGUCCCGUGAGAGGAUGGUUCACAUUACGCGGACAUGCGGAUACUAUCGCCGAAAAUGCGCCGACCGGCGAAAUAUACGUUGAAGCCUUUUAUCAGAGUUCUGAGAAGAAACAUUUCGGACCCAGUGAUUUCGAAAUCUUGAAGCUUAUUGGCAAGGGUACUUUUGGACAGGUCUAUCAGGUACGAAAGCGAGAUACACAACGAAUCUAUGCAAUGAAGGUGUUGCAAAAGAAGGUAAUCGUGCAGAAAAAAGAGGUGGCCCACACUGUUGGUGAACGCAAUAUUCUCGUGCGGACAGCUACCUCGGACUCGCCCUUCAUCGUCGGCCUCAAAUUCUCCUUUCAAACUCCCUCUGAACUGUACUUGGUUACCGAUUAUAUGUCUGGAGGAGAGCUGUUCUGGCACUUGCAGAAAGAAGGUCGAUUUGACGAAAGACGGGCCAAGUUCUACAUUGCCGAGUUGAUUUUAGCCAUUCAGCAUUUGCAUAACAACGAUAUUGUAUAUCGUGACCUCAAACCGGAAAAUAUCCUCCUCGACGCCAACGGUCAUAUCGCCUUGUGCGACUUCGGUCUAUCCAAGGCCAAUUUGACCAAGAACGACACUACCAAUACGUUUUGCGGCACGACAGAGUACCUCGCCCCCGAAGUUCUUUUAGACGAAUCUGGUUAUACCAAGAUGGUAGACUUCUGGUCUCUCGGUGUUUUGGUCUUUGAAAUGUGCUGCGGUUGGAGUCCUUUCUAUGCAGAAGAUACCCAACAAAUGUACAAGAACAUUGCUUUCGGCAAGGUCCGAUUCCCCCGCGAUACCCUUUCGCAGGAAGGCCGGAACUUUGUCAAGGGAUUGCUUAAUAGAAAUCCAAAGCACCGACUCGGCGCAACGGAUGAUGCCGAAGAGCUGAAGCGCCACCCGUUCUUUGCUGACAUUGACUGGGAUAUUCUUGCAAAGAAGCUCAUUACGCCCCCCUUUAAGCCGAAGUUGAAGUCGGAGACCGAUGUCUCCUAUUUUGACCCCGAGUUCACCACCGCCCUUGAACAAAACGGCUCUCUCAACGAACGAGCUGCUGCAUUGGCCCGUGGCUACGCCGCUUCAACACCCCUGUCUCCAUCUGUCCAAGCAAAUUUUCAGGGCUUCACCUUUGUCGAUGAGAGUGCUUUGGACGACCACAUGAGGGAUCGAUUCAGAAACGAUGAUGAGGAUAUGGACGAUGCUCAAGCACACCAAGAUGAGGAUGAUUGGGAUAAUUUGGAUGACAUUGACCUGCGUAAAGCAAAUCGCAUGAGCGGCAUUGUGAAGACGUCAACCGCAGACGAACACAUGGUGGGUGGUGCUCACUUUGAUGUGUAA